UUCUGUGUGACAGGUCAGACGCGGUUGUGUUUUUCGUCUUGACGUUUCACAAAUCUGCGCUAGAUCAGCUGAUUAUCAAAUUUUGACAGCAGUGACCUUUCUCGUACGUCACACCACACAACCUGUUUUGUAGCUGUCAAAAACAAACGUGUGUCUGUGUCUGAACUUCCAUAUCUACACAUUUGACCAUAUAAUUAAAAUUUAUUCAUAAUAUAUUAGAUAUAAUACCUAAACAUGCAACCUAUCGCGCAUUUAGUAAAGGUGACCGUUCCCGAUUAUCUUGCCAAUCUACCAAUUCCCGACAGCAUCGGAGGAUGGUUUAAACUAGGAUUCAAAGAUUGGUUGGCCCUUGUCCCUCCAACCGCUUUGGCAGCAGGUGUAGGUUAUACACUUUACAGGGCUUAUUGCCCAAAGUCCCAAUGCAAAAGGUCUGGAAGAGUCAAUAAUGUUGUACAGCUGAGCAACCCAAAAGUUGUAGAUUCUAUUGAUGUAGAAGAUAUUAGUGAAAAAGCUGCUUUUUGUAGAUGUUGGAAAAGCAAGAACUGGCCCUAUUGUGAUGGAACACAUGCUACUCAUAAUAAAGAAACAGGUGAUAACUUGGGCCCAGUUAUUGUAAAGAAGAACAAGUAGAGCAUUAUGGGAGUUUAGAGUAGUAAAGUAAGGUACAAAACUGUGUUGGAGUUCAUCUUAAAUUAUACAUAUACAUUGAUAUUAAAAUAACUGGUGUUAUUAUAGGUAAUAAAUUGUUGUGUUCAGAUAAAUAA